AUGACCCAGAGAAUACUAACGCGUAUUCAAAAUCUUACCGAGUGCCUUUUAAAAGCCAAGCAAAAUAACAGCAGGUUUGAAGAAGGACGUGCCUAUUGCAAUCUCGGCAAUGCUUAUCAAAGCGUCUCCGACUUCCAACGAGCAAUAGAGUACCAUGAGAAGUACCUUAGCAUUGCCAAUGACGUCGGCGACAAGGCCGGAGAAGGACGUGCCUAUAGCGGUCUCGGCAUUGCUUAUAAAUCACUCGGUGACUUCCAACGAGCAAUAGAAUACCACGAGAAACACCUCAGUAUUGUCAAGGACCUCGGCGACAAGGCAGGAGAAGGACAUGCAUAUUGCAAUCUCGCCAGUGCUUAUCAAAACCUCGGCGACUUCCAACGAGCAAUAGAGUACCAGAAGAAAAACCUCAAAAUUGCCAAUGACGUGGGCGACAAGGCCGGAGAAGGACGUGCCUAUAGCGGUCUCGGCAUUGCUUAUAUAUCACUCGGUGACUUCCAACGAGCAAUAGAAUACCACGAGAAACACCUUAGUAUUGCCAAGGACGUCGGCGACAAGGCAGGAGAAGGACAUGCAUAUUGCAAUCUCGCCAGUGCUUAUCAAAACCUCGGCGACUUCCAACGAGCAAUGGAGUACCAGAAGAAAAACCUCAAAAUUGCCAAUGACGUCGGCGACAAGGCCGGAGAAGGACGUGCCUAUAGCGGUCUCGGCAUUGCUUUUAAAUCACUCGGUGACUUCCAACGAGCAAUAGAAUACCACGAGAAACACCUCAGUAUUGCCAAGGACGUCGACGACAAGGCAGGAGAAGGACAUGCAUAUUGCAAUCUCGCCAGUGCUUAUCAAAACCUUGGCGACUUCCAACGAGCAAUAGAGUACCAGAAGAAAAACCUCAAAAUUGCCAAUGACGUCGGCGACAAGGCCGGAGAAGGACGUGCCUAUAGCGGUCUCGGCAUUGCUUAUAAAUCACUCGGUGACUUCCAACGAGCAAUAGAAUACCACGAGAAACACCUCAGUAUUGCCAAGGACGUCGGCGACAAGGCAGGAGAAGGACAUGCAUAUUGCAAUCUCGCCAGUGCUUAUCAAAACCUCGGCGACUUCCAACGAGCAAUAGAGUACCAGAAGAAAAACCUCAAAAUUGCCAAUGAUGUCGGCGACAAGGCCGGAGAAGGACGUGCCUAUAGCGGUCUCGGCAUUGCUUAUAAAUCACUCGGUGACUUCCAACGAGCAAUAGAAUACCACGAGAAACACCUCAGUAUUGCCAAGGACGUCGGCGACAAGGCAGGAGAAGGACAUGCAUAUUGCAAUCUCGCCAGUGCUUAUCAAAACCUCGGCGACUUCCAACGAGCAAUAGAGUACCAGAAGAAAAACCUCAAAAUUGCCAAUGAUGUCGGCGACAAGGCCGGAGAAGGACGUGCCUAUAGCGGUCUCGGCAUUGCUUAUAAAUCACUCGGUGACUUCCAACGAGCAAUAGAAUACCACGAGAAACACCUCAGUAUUGCCAAGGACGUCGGCGACAAGGCAGGAGAAGGACAUGCAUAUUGCAAUCUCGCCAGUGCUUAUCAAAACCUCGGCGACUUCCAACGAGCAAUAGAGUACCAGAAGAAAAACCUCAAAAUUGCCAAUGAUGUCGGCGACAAGGCCGGAGAAGGACGUGCCUAUAGCGGUCUCGGCAUUGCUUAUAUAUCACUCGGUGACUUCCAACGAGCAAUAGAAUACCACGAGAAACACCUCAGUAUUGCCAAGGACGUUGGCGACAAGGCAGGAGAAGGACAUGCCUAUUAUAAUCUAGGCAUCUCUUUUUUAAAUUCAGAUUCUUUAAAUGAAGCUUUAGCUCAUUUUAGAUCGAGCGUAGAAACUCGAGACACUAUUAGAGGCAGUCUAAUUUCCAAAGAUGUCUGGAAAAUAAGUUUGCGGGAGGUUUCGAAAAAUGCCUACAACUGUUUAUGGCAAGUUUUUAUAAUGCUACAAAAGACGGACGAGGCUUUAGACGCUGCUGAGCAAGGAAGAGCACAAGCCCUGCUAGACGCGUUGGAAAUAAAAUAUGGCUUUCCAUCAUUUCCACACAGGUGCACUAAAUCUGAAGAAGAGGUUACAAACACUCCAAGAAAAAGAUCUACUUUGACAGUUUUUCUUGCAAUACAAAAUGAAACACUGAAUUUAUGGGUAUUGGGAAAGGAAAGCAAAGCUGUAUUCAGGCAAGCAAAGUUAAGAAGAGAAAGAGCACACGAAGAGCCAUUCGCUUUCCUUUUGGAAGCUGCUUUGAAAAAAAUUGAUGCUGGGGUCGAUGUAAGAUGCGAGAAUCGUUCAUUGGAUAAGAUAAGCGACAAUCCACAGAAUCCAGCUCCUAGUACUCGAGGCGACGGUCGAAUAUUGCAGCCUUCAUACAGGAAUACCGACUGGUUACAGCCACUAUAUGAUGUUGUUAUUGGUCCCAUUGAAGACUUGCUUAAUUGUGAUGAACUUAUUGUAGUCCCUGAUGGUGCUUUGUCUUUAGCUCCAUGGGCAGCCCUAAGUGAAUCAUUAAGGAUUCGCACUGUUCCCUCACUUUCAAUUUUGAAGCUGAUCGCUGAUUCUUCAACUGAUCACCACACUAAAGAUGGAGUCCUGCUUGUUGGAGAUCCAAGUCUGGAGAAAGUUACAAAUAAUUGGGGUAAGCCCAUUUACAAGCAACUUAAUUACGCAAAAAAGGAAGUAGAGAUGAUUGGAGGAGUUCUAAACGGCCAACCACUUACAGGAGAAGCUGCAACAAAACAGGAGGUGCUUAAAAGAAUAGAGUCAGUCGCUUUAGUUCACAUUGCAGCCCACGGAAGAAAGGAAACUGGUGAAAUUGCCUUGGCACCAAACCCCGGGUGGGAAUCAAAGAAUCCUAUUCCGAUGGAAGAGGAUUAUAUUUUGAAUAUGUCUGAUAUACAAGCUACUGAGUUGAGAGCGAGGCUGGUUGUUCUCAGUUGUUGCCAUAGUGGUAAAGGAGAAGUUAGCUCCGAAGGCGUCGUCGGUAUGGCGCGGGCUUUCUUGUUUGCUGGUGCUCGUUCUGUGCUAGUGUCACUCUGGGCAAUCGAUGACGAAGCCACAAUGGAGUUUAUGAAAAGUUUCUACCAACACAUGAGAGCUGGCGAAACUGCUAGUUAUGCUCUCCAGAAGGCCAUGAAAUGUCUCCGGGACUCGGAAAGCUUUUCUGCCCCGAAGUACUGGGCUCCAUUUGUGCUGAUUGGCGAUGACGUUACAAUUCAAUUUGAUAAAAAUAAUUGA